CUUUUCAUCAAGCUUUCCGAAAGAAAAGUUGAUAUUUUCUUAAAAAUUCAACAUAUCUCAGAGUUUUCACAGAUUGAAAUCAUGAGUCAGAGUGACUCACUGAUACUUCAUCGGUUUGUACUGAUUUUAUAUAUCUAGGUUCCUACCUGAGCUAUAAGUAAUUAAUUUUAAUUAGAAAAAGAAGUUAGGUAAGCCAAUGUCUCUCUUGUUCCUCUCAUGACCACUACAACCAUUGGGCAUUGUAAAUCGUUGUUCAUAAUACUUGGAAAUGCGCAUCAAAAGGUCGCGCGGGCGUUCCAAAGAUGUCUAAAAGCAGUUUAGUUCCUUCUAUAAAUGAUUUCGUAAUGAUAAAACCUAUAAGCAAAGGUGCUUUUGGAAAAGUGUUUUUAGGAGCUAAGGCAAACAAUUUUGACCUUAUAUACGCAAUAAAAAUAAUGUCUAAAGAAGAAAUGAGGAAAAAAAAUCUUGUAGAGAAAGUUACUUGUGAGCGAAAUGCUCUUGCAGUCAGUAAAUGUCCAUACAUCGUCCAUUUGUACUACUGUUUGCAAACCACCAGUCACAUAUAUUUGGUUAUGGAAUACCUCGUCGGUGGUGACCUUAAGUCACUUUUGCUGGUUAUGGGCUGUCUUCAAGAAUCUCACGCUGCUAUCUAUACUGUUGAAAUUGCAAUAGCCUUGGAAUAUCUUCAUACACAUGGAAUAAUUCACCGUGAUCUUAAACCGGAUAAUAUACUUAUUGACUCCAAAGGACAUUUAAAGCUGACGGAUUUUGGGUUGUCUACUAUAACAUGGAAGCGUCCCUUGCAGCCAAGUGACGUUUUGAAUACACCAUCUGUCGUUCCGUUACCUUUUCAAUACUACCGAACUCCUGGCCAACUUAUCUCGCUGACAACUGAACUGGCUUUCACAGAUACACCUAUCAUACAUAAAACUCAUGAGGUUCUGGAGGAACGCUUAUUGACUUCGCGGGAUGACGAUGCCAAAACGUGUUUCUCCCCCCAGUGUUUAUCUUCAGCAAAAAAUUACUUUACUAAUUGCGAUGUUUCAAAUUCAUUGCAUAAAUCCUCUUCAGAACCUUGUUUUGGGUCUGUAGCAUUUUUCGAUGGACAACAUAUCUGUGAUUUACAACGAUUCAGAAGUUUUAGUGAUUUUGGUAAUAAAUCAUGGAAAUCUCACUUUCGUCAACAUUUGGUUCUUUGGUCACCAAUGUCCAGAAAAUCGCAUGCCAGGUGUUCUCAAAAUUUUGAAACAUCGGAAAUCCAUUCAGAUGAGCUACAGACGUCUUACUCAAGUCAAGUUAAUUCUCUUAGAACUGGCUAUAAAUUAUGUCACCGUCAACGUCAUAACUACAAUCCACUUCCGAAAAAUGGACCAACUUCUGACUUAUCUGGUACUCAUAGUUUAGCAAUUGACAAAUCAAAAACAUCAGUAACUUUGAAGCCAUCAUAUCACAAUCAGGAAUGUCAGAAUGUGGAAAAAAUGCUUAGAAAUACAGCUUCGUGUUUGGAAAUUUCUUCUUUAAAUAGAGAUAUUCAGGAUUUGGUUUUGAACUCCUCUCCAUAUAAUCUGACUGAUAGAAAUGAUUUAAAGCGAAAUACUUCGACGGAAAAUAUGUUGUCUCCAGUUGAAAAAGCCAGAUUGAGCCUGUUCCGUCAUUCACCAUUAUCCCACUGUUUAGGUAUAAGUGGCGAUUAUUUAUUAAAUGAUAUUGAUCUCUCGAAUCCAUCUAUGGAUGACUGUAUAACUUCUCCAGUGUUACUUAAUACACCUUUAAAAUUUCCUCAUCAUUCUCCUGCUUCUAUAGUUAAAAAAAGUAGCAGACAUUUAACUCGGAAUUUCCACCCAGUCGAAUCAGAAAGUAAUCUUCCUGCUCAAACAUUGCUUUAUUCUAGUCCUUUAUGUUCCAUGCAUAUAAAUUCAACUUGUAAACGUCAGCGGUUCGACAACAAACUGAUCACUUCGUUGAAUAGUACACCAGCAAUAAGUCCACUUCAAGUUACUACAGAAUCACUUGAAAAUAUAUCAAAUCUAGAGAGCUUAUCUAGUCACUUGUUAGGUACUCCGGAAUAUUUGGCACCAGAAUUAUUACUUCAUCCUAAUUCUAAAAGUGCAUGCGAUAGUCCAGCUGUCGAUUGGUGGGCUUUAGGUGUUAUAUUAUUUGAAAUGUUAGUUGGUGUAACUCCAUUUGCAGAUGAAACUGUAGAAAAUGUGUUUCACAAUAUUCUAAGUUUAGAUAUACACUGGCCUGUUGCUACUACAUGUGGAUCAUCUUUUAACAUAAAUGAAUCACCACAAAAAAACUGUGAACUUUCACAAGCAGCUGUAAACUUAAUUAGUGGCCUCUUAUCCUAUAAUCAAACAGACAGACUUCAAGUUGCAAAUCAAAUAAAGUCAAGUGAUUUGUUAAUACCUGUUGGUGAUUGGAAUAAUUUACAUGAUUUAGAAAUGCCUUUCAUUCCUGAUCCUGAUAAUUCAACAGAUACAUUUUAUUUUGAUAUUCGUAAUCGGUACAAUCAAUAUAGCGAAGAGGAUCUAUGUGCAAAUGUGAAAUGACGAAGUCUAUGACUUAAUUAAUUAAUUUUCGCUGUACAGAUGAGUAGGUGUAACAGAUAGUGUCAUUUAAAACUGCUUUUUAAGUAUGAAGCACGUAUUUUAGAGUAGGUUUCAUAAGCUUAAAAUAACUACACUUGCAUUCGCAUUGCCUUAUUUUCUGUUUCUGUAAACAUUUGAAUCUAACCCUUGAUGAAUAUACACCUUCAUUAAGUUUAUUUGUCCAUUGAAUAUUGACUUAGUUCCUGCCUGUUUUAAGUGGUUCGUUAUUGUGUUCCUCUUUACUUCCAUUAGUUGUUUGGAAUACGCUGUUCUACUUACAUUUGUAAUCGGCUCUUAAUUUUACUCUACCUGACACAAAAUAAAUCAAUUGAAUUUAAUUCUCUUGGAAUUGCGGGAUAACAUAGAACGACGGUAUCUGGAUUCAGGUCGAAAUUAGGACUUACCUCAACAGUGUUCAACCUCUUACGACUACGCUUAUGUUUAUAUUGGCGGGAUCAACUAAUCUCAUGUUUACAGUGAGAUUAAUCUCAUCCAUCUCUUGAAAUUCUAAUCUUUACGCUUGCUUACGAGAGCUUUUAUGAUUAUAUCUCUACGUUUAGUAAGGGACAGGAAGACGCGAUGGGACGUGUUUGGUAUCUAACGAUGAUUGUUAACGGUGUAUUCUUACGUUAACAUGCAUAAUUGAAGAAUAAAUAACUGCGUCUGAGCACCCAAUUGUUGGAGGUUAUAAUGCUUUCAAUAGACUAUCUUCCGCUUCACUUGGUGUGUUGCCUUCCC